UCUAAGCCUUUCUCUCGCUGGUUUCGUUCUGUUGGUCUAAAACCCUAAAACCUCCAUUUUUGACCGAGUGUUUUGGAAUCCCUCUAUUUCGAUUUCCCCGGAUCUUCAACAACGGAAGCUCGAUCGGGCCUCGAAUCGCAGCGAGGGGCAUCGGAGCUCUUCUAUGGAACUGUCCUAAAAGGUAUGAUAUUAGUAUUCCCACGGGGGAAGAGAAAAGAUAUUGAUAAUGGCUUCAAGAGCUCUUGCAAAUCGAAGACGGGACCUUCUCAACCAUCUGAACAUCCCUGCCCGCUGUUGCUCUAGUUUUUCAAACUUUUGGCAUGGGAGGUUGGGUCAAAGUGAGGACCCACGAGUCUACCAGCUUUCUAAACCAAGAUCCUUACAUGCUAAUCAGGAUAGUGGGUCACAGGCAAUUUUGAUAACUAAAAGGGACUUGGGGUACUUGCCGACAAAGUUUUCUAAUCAUGCCCAUUGUGGAAUCUCCAUUUCUGGUCUUGAGUAUGGGAGAAGGGAACUUCUACUUCCUCUGGGCGUCAGAUUCUUGCCACAGUCCAUUCGUAUGGUGUCAACUGCAACAGCCGGUCAGCGUGAUCUGGGAAAAGAUGACCAGAGUGAAGAUCAGGAUCAGAAAGUAAAGAAAGAGGCAUCUCCUGAGGAGUGUGAUCAGGCAGUGGAAGGCCUGAGCACAGCAAAGGCUAAAGCCAAAGCCAAACUGUCGUUGGAAAGUCAGAAGGAUACAAAGUCAAUCAUGCAAAAGUUUUGGGCUAAACUUCUGGGUAUUGGCCCUGCUUUGAGGGCUGUUGCAUCCAUGAGCAGAGCUGAUUGGGCUAUAAAGCUUCGGCAUUGGAAGGAUACGUUCGUAUCAGCGUUGCAGCAUUAUUGGCUGGGUUCAAAACUACUUUGGGCGGAUGUGAGAAUCUCUGCGAGAUUGUUGUUGAAACUAGCUGGUGGAAAGACACUUUCAAGGAGAGAGCGACAACAGUUGACACGCACAACAGCUGAUAUAUUCAGGCUUGUCCCUUUUGCAGUUUUUAUCAUAGUUCCAUUCAUGGAAUUCUUACUUCCAGUGUUCCUGAAGCUAUUCCCAAACAUGUUGCCAUCCACUUUUCAGGACAAAAUGAAAGAACAGGAAGCACUUAAACGGAAACUCAAUGCGAGAAUAGAAUAUGCAAAGUUCUUGCAGGACACUGCGAGAGAAAUGGCUAAGGAAGUUCAAAAUUCACAUAAUGGAGAGAAUAAACAGACUGCAGAAGAUCUAGAUGAAUUUCUUAACAAGGUCAGAACUGGUGCUAGUGUUUCUAAUGAUGAAAUUCUGAACUUUGCAAAAUUGUUUAAUGAUGAGCUUACUCUGGAUAGCAUGAGCAGGCCAAGGUUAAUCAGCAUGUGCAAGUACAUGGGAAUUUCACCAUAUGGAACAGAUAAUUAUUUGCGAUAUUUACUUCGGAGAAAACUCCAACAGAUUAAAAAUGAUGAUAAAUUGAUCCGAGUGGAGGGUGUAGAAUCACUUUCAGAACAAGAGCUUCGCCAAGCUUGUCGAGAUCGAGGCCACCUGGGGUUGCUCUCAACAGAAGAGAUGCGCCAGCAGCUUCGAGAUUGGUUGGAUUUGUCACUUAACCAUUCUGUGCCAUCUUCUCUUCUUAUACUCUCAAGAGCCUUCACUGUAUCUGGAAAGUUGAAGCCUGAAGAGGUUGUUGUAGCUACUUUAUCAUCACUGCCAGAUGAGGUUGUGGAUACUGUUGGUACUGGUUUGCCAUCAGAAGAUUCAGUGUCUGAAAGGAAGAGGAAACUAGAAUUCCUUGAGAUGCAAGAAGAACUUAUCAAGGAGGAAGAGAAAGAGCAGAAGAAAGAGGAUAAAGCUAAGGCAAAAGAAUCUGGGAUCAGUCAAGAAGACCUGGCUCUAAAGGAGAUGACCGAGGCUACCUCUAAGGAAGCUGCUGAACUUUCAAAAUCAAAGGCAUUAGAUAAACAAGAAGAGCUCUGCAAACUAAGUCGCGCUCUGGCUGUUCUGGCUUCAGCUUCAUCUGUCAGCAGUGAGCGCCAAGAAUUCUUGAGACUAGUCAAUAAAGAGAUUGAACUUUAUAAUACCAUGCUUGAGAAAGAAGGCACUGAUGGUGAAGAAGAGGCUAAGAAGGCAUAUAGAGCAGCUAGGGAGGAGAGUGACCAUGCUGCUGAGGUGGCAGCAGGAGACAAGGUUUCUUCAGCUCUCGUAGAUCGGGUGGAUGCUAUGCUCCAAGAGCUUGAGAAAGAAAUUGAUGAUGUGGAUGCCAAGAUCGGGGAUCGCUGGCAACUACUUGACAGGGAUCACGACGGCAAAGUGACGCCUGAAGAGGUAGCUGCAGCGGCCAAUUAUUUAAAAGACACCAUCGGCAAAGAGGGGAUCCAAGAACUUAUCAGCAAGCUCUCCAGGGACCGAGAAGGGAAGAUUCUUGUCGAGGACAUCGUCAAGUUGGGAACUGAAACAGAAGAAAACAACACCGCCGAAGCUGGGCGCACAUGAUUGAUAAAUAUAAGUCUCUCCAUUCUUAGUGAAGUUAUCCCAUUAUUUUACGAGGAUACUUCGUACUAAAUUUACAUGCAUUUCUCCUUGCUUCAGUGACUUUAUAGGCUUAUAUUUUCUUCAUUUUUGCAAUGUUACAAUGCCACAUGUACCUGCCUUCAACUUUCUGAGGAUAAUUCAUACAUGUAUAAAUUCAGUACAGCUGCUGAAUGUUAUAAACUCACUGGUGCUUCUUGUUAGUCUGCUCCUCACAAUGGUUCCUAUGACUGUGUUUUGUUACUAGUGCCUUUUCAAAAUAAAAGAAAUUUACUUGUCCUGUUA